AGCCAAUUGAAAGGAGGAAUGGGCGGGCUGUGGGUUGCCAGCUUCCGGUUCCGUUGGGCUCAAUUCUCUCCUAAGCUACGUGUCUCUACCCUCUCAAACCGCCAUCCCACAAACAUGGAUCAGGUAAUGCAGUUUGUGGAGCCAAGUCGGCAGUUUGUAAAGGACUCCAUUCGGCUGGUUAAAAGAUGCACCAAACCCGACAGAAAAGAAUUCCAGAAGAUUGCCAUGGCCACAGCUAUAGGAUUUGCUAUCAUGGGAUUCAUCGGCUUCUUCGUGAAACUGAUCCACAUCCCCAUUAAUAACAUUAUUGUGGGUGGCUGAAUCCUUUUUCAUCAUGGGGCGAGUGAACCAGUGAGGGGGUGACAAGCUCAUGAAGUAAACGUUGCCUGGAUGCACUGUGGUUUUGUUUUGUUCCUCCUUCCUAUGAGGUUUUCUAUUUCUAAAUUAAAGUAAUUUCAAAAUAAACACCUUUUCCAUAACAGA